UACCGCCAUUUUCUACAACGUCGUUCCGCUCACAAAUAAAUCGCUUCAAAAUGCCUCGUCCUAGAGGCCCUAAACCAAGAUACCGAUCAGAGGGACAAGAUGGAAGUAAUGUUGAAGACAAUGCUGGUCCCAAGAGCCCUGGCAUCGGGCUUUAUCAGUGUGAAGUGCCAUCCUGCACCCAAGUAUUUAACCGUUGGAAUCAACUUAAACGGCACGAGCGUAAUCACGCCAGUGACAAGCCACACCGGUGUGACAAGUGCCCAGCAUCGUUCAACCUGGAGUAUAACUUGAUGCUGCAUAAGGCCACACACACCAUGGACAGGCCUGAAUGUCCUGAUUGCCACAAGACGUUUUCACGUGUGGCUAGUCUCAAGGCCCACAUCAUGUUACAUGAGAGAGAGGAGAAUGUAAUGUGUGCUGAGUGCGGUGAUGAGUUCAGUCUACAGAGUCAACUUGAUAAACAUCUUCAAGAACACCAGGCAGAGGCAUGUGGCUCUAUCUUUUCUUGCAAACUGUGUAAUAAAGAAUUUGCUGUGCAAUUUCUACUCAAAGAACACAUGAAGACCCAUCAGAAGAUGAUAAGGUCACGUGUUUCAAGUGGGCAGACACAGUCCAGACGAGUCGUAGACCGCAGCAUGUUUCAUCAGGAAUGUGAGUUCUGCUUAAAGACUUUCAAGAAGCCCAGCCAGCUUGUCAGACAUAUGCGUAUCCAUACUGGUGAGAAACCAUACAAAUGUGAUGUCUGCAGCAAGGCAUUUAAUCAGAAAGGCUCCCUUCAAAUCCACAUGUCUAAACACACUGGAGACAAACCUCACCAGUGUGAAUUAUGCCCUUCAGUCUUCUCUCAAAAGGGUAACCUUCGAGCACAUGUGGCUCGAGUUCACAACCUCAACAAGGAAGUGGCACUGUAUCAGUGUGAGGCAUGCUCCUGUUCCUAUCGCAAGCUUGGUAGUCUGAAUUCUCAUAUCACCCGUGUACAUGGAGGACUAGUGAGUACAGAGAAGGAGAACGAAGGCACAGAAAAUCUUGCAGAGGGCUCGACAUCCCUUCAGCUGGAUGGUUCAGUGUUGCCGUCUAGUGUGGUCAGUGAUGUCAUCCAACAGUUACUGGAGAUCUCUGAGCAUUCAGAGGAGCAUUCUUAUGCCCAUCAGCAGAUCCAACAAAUAGCAAUGGGAGCAAGUGGUAACAUCAACACGGACAUUUUGCAGCAGGCUCUAGAGAACUCUGGGGUAAGCAAUGACAAGCAAGAUGGGUCCACUGAAACAGCAUCAGCCAGUCGUCAAGUGGCAGCAUUUGCUGAACUCUUGCAAAAACAGAAGACCCUACGCCUUAGACGUGGUCGCCUCCACUCCUGUAAAUAUUGCACCAAAACCUUUAAGAAGCCAAGUGAUCUGGCAAGACAUAUACGAAUUCACACGAGGGAGAAACCAUUCAAAUGCACUCAGUGUUUCCGUAGCUUCACCGUCAAAAGCACCAUGACAGCGCACUUGAAAACCCACACUGGCGUCAAAGAGUAUAAGUGUCAUGUUUGUCAUAAACUGUUUGCCACACAUGGCAGCUUGAAAGUCCAUCUGCGUUUGCACACUGGAGCUAAACCUUUUGAUUGUCCACACUGUGAUAAAAAGUUCCGUACCACAGGGCACCGCAAGACACACAUUGCAUCCCAUUUUAAGGAAAAUUCUCUACGAAGAGCCAAGCCAAACCGACAAAAGCAAAAACCUCCACGCCCAGAGAUAGAACUACCAGAUGUUCAAUUGCAGGAGCCAAUUUUGAUAACGGACACUGGGUUAAUUCAGCAACUACCGCGCAACAGUGCCAUGUUCAACAGCGAUUACAAUGGGUUACAGCAAGGCGGCAGCAGCAUUGACAGACCAUAUAAAUGUAGCUUUUGUCCAAAGAGCUUCAAGAAGUCUAGCCAUCUCAAGCAACACAUUCGCUCACACACUGGAGAGAAACCAUUUAGAUGUCUUCAGUGUGGAAAGUCUUUUGUGUCCACUGGUGUCUUGAAGUCUCACAGUCGCACACAUUCUGGGAUCAAAUCUUACAAGUGCUUGAUUUGUUCUUGCACUUUCACAACAAAUGGCAGCUUGAAGCGGCACAUGUCUACACACAGUGAAGUCAGACCAUUCAUGUGUCCUUACUGCCAGAAGACAUUCAAGACAUCUGUGAACUGUAAGAAACAUAUGAAGACACAUAAACGUGAAUUUGGUCUACAAGCUUUGGAACAUGCAUCUGCUGCUGCCCAGGAUGCAGAAGGGAACGAGAACACUGCACAAACACAGCAAAUACAGACUCAACCAACUACUCAACAGAGUAUUGUGGAUCAGCUAGCUGCUGUAAGUGCUGUUCAGAACCAGGCAUCUUUGUUGGGCCAACUUAAUAGCCAGACACAGGAAGUCUUACGACAACAGGCUACGCUAGAAUCAUCUGAUACUAACCUGUCUUCGCAGGCCUUGACACAAGGUUCACUCACGCAGUCUAACCUGGAAGCUCUUACAGCACAAGACUCACUGACGCAUGCAACAAUUAACAGCCAGACACUUCUGCUGACUCAGCAUCUGGCUAACUUGGCCAAUAGCCAGGCAGGAUUAACUCAAGAACAACAGAUCAGUCUUCAGACACAGCAGAUUCAGCAGCAACUUGAAGCUAUCACAGGCCAAUCCUCAAGUAUGUUUCAACCUAAUGUUGUAGUUCAGCCAGAUCAUAUUCCCACUCAGACUGUCAACCAGAGAAUGCGGCUCCUGCGUGCUGAAAUGGAGGAUGGAAAAAGGACAUACAGAUGUGGUUAUUGUAAUAAAGCUUUCAAGAAGUCCAGUCACUUGAAGCAGCAUAUCAGGUCUCAUACUGGUGAGAAGCCCUACACCUGCAUUCAGUGUGGCCGAUCGUUUGUUUCGUCAGGAGUGCUGAAGUCCCACCAAAGGACCCACACUGGAGUUAAGGCUUUUCAGUGUAACAUUUGUAAUACAACCUUUACUACAAAUGGAUCUCUAACUCGUCAUAUGACUAUUCAUAGUGAUGUCCGUCCAUUUGACUGCCCAAAUUGUGAUGAAACCUUCAGAACAGCUAUUCACUUGAAACGCCACAUUAGGUCAGUCCAUGAGGAAGUGGAGCGGAAUGCUAGCUCAGAAAACCGGCGAAGUAGAAAUGUGCUAGUCUUUACAGAGGAACAGACAAAGGAACUAAAAAAGACUGUGCCUCCUCGUAAUGCUAGCGUAUCCGAGAGGGUUCUUAUCCAAGAGGUCUUGGAGAAAGAUCGCAUUAGUGAGAUAAAGGACAAGAAUGAACUCUUGGAGAAAGGCCCAAAGUUUGCCAACAAAUGCGAUCACUGUCCAAAAAGUUUCAAGAAGCCCAGUGACCUUGUAAGACAUAUUCGCAUUCACACUGGUGAGAAGCCUUUCAAAUGUGAUGAGUGUGGUAAAACUUUCACUGUGAAGUCCACUCUGGAAUGCCACAUGCGUACACACAGGGGAGGAAAGAGUGUCACUUGUCAUAUCUGUAGAACUGUGUUUGCCACUAAAGGUAGUCUGAAAGUCCACAUGCGCCUGCACACUGGAGCAAAACCAUUCAAGUGUCCACAUUGUGAUGAGCGUUUCCGUACAUCAGGGUCAAGAAAGAUGCACAUCAUGGCACAUUUCAAGCCUGUAACCACGAAGAAGGUUGGCAAAGCCUCACAGAAAUCAGCUACCACAAAUGCCGACCAGCAGUACAACCUUGCCGAGAACAGUAAUGCACAAGCUGCUUGCUCUGUAUCUGUUGAUGAAACUGAGCCCACCUUGCUUCAGCAGCAGCAGGCUUUAGCUGGCCAAGCUCAGGUCCUACCCAUCACAAUUGCUGGUAAUGAAGGCCUUACAUUUGGUGAUGGUGGCAUGGGAGCCACAGUUAUGCAAGGAUUAGAAGGCCUUCAACUCCAGCUGACUGCUACUAAUCUAGGCCAGGGUCUGCAGCUACAGGGGCUUGAUCAGAGCAUCACUGUACAGAUUGAUCCCAAUUUGCUUCAGCAACUCCAGCAUGGCAGCUUGAACCCAAUUAUGCUACAAGCUGGAGACUUGAAUCUGGGUCAGAUUGGUUUGCAGUUGCCUCAGAGUGAUCAGGCUUUAGCAACCACAACUCCUGACCCAACCCUCUCUCAAUCAGCCUUUACCCAGGCAGCUGACCCCCAGCAGCAUCUUCUGGUGCGUAUUGACCCCAGCAUGCUGCAAGUGCCUGUGGAAAACUCUGCAGUAGGAUCCAGUGCAAGUGAUUCUACCCCUGUCUCACUGGACACAAAUUUGAUAACACCAACCCAGCAACAUGAGCUACCAAUCAUCCCUGUCUCUUACAGUUCUGGCUCAUCACAAUCAUCCACCUCUCAAGUCUUGAUAAAUACCAAUAUGUCCAGUGUAGACCAAGCGUUAAAUCUUAGCACUGUCACCAGUGUGGGUGGAGGUCUGUCUGAAGAUCUAACACAGCCUGUCCAACAGCUGACUCAAUCUCUGGACAACCCGAAAGAGCCGCAGAUGGUCAUGUCUGAUGUGGCAGGGGCUUUGGCCCAGUCUACAACUCCGAUCACGUCACUAGUAACUACCCAAUCAUCCAUCAUCACCUCUCAGACAGAUCCUAUCAUCAACGAGAUGUUGCAGACUGUUCAGGAUGAACGUUCCCUAUCUCUUAGUGAUUCAACUCUCACUGCUGACCCUUCAAAUGUUGGUCAGCAGACAUUCCGACUCUCUGUUGGUGGAGAGACCAUCAGUCUUUCCCAGAAUCUUGUCCUUCAGCCUGGUAUCGGGGCCAUGAGUGGGACCACAAGUCAGUCUUCACUCACUCAACCAGGAGACGCUAACACAAGCAUGGGUCAGAGUACCAUGGAGGUACUGAAAGUCAACAUUUAUCAAGACCCAGAGCAGGAUGCAUCUGGUAGUAGAGAAGUAAGACGUGAUAGCACAUCAGAUCCAUCUCUGUCCAAGCAAGGAACUUUGUCCGUAGCUGAAGCUGCAGCCUCCAUAGGUUCACUGUACACAUGUAAUGCACAGGACUGUACUCUGGUGUUCACAUCCAUGAAUCAGUUACGUAAACACCAGAGUGAUGCUCACGGUGACCUUCGACCCUAUGUGUGCUCCAUCUGUAACAAAGCCUUUAAACGCCAUAGUCACCUCAAGGAACACGAAGCCACUCACCUACCUAAGACCCCAAACACAAGAGGUAGCAAGACUACUCCAUUCAAAUGUGACGUGUGCGGGAAAGGCUUUGGCAAGCAGAGCCAGUUGCAGCGACAUAUCCGAAUACACACAGGGGAGCGACCAUUUACUUGUCCUCAGUGUGAUAAGGGUUUUAACCAGAAGAACAGUCUACAGAUGCAUAUGAUGAGACAUACAGGCGAGAAGCCUCACCAGUGUGAAUUCUGCAACAUGGCAUUCUCACAGAGAGGUAACCUAAGAGUACACAAGAUCCGAACCCACAAUGCUGCAGCUUUUGACCCAAGUCAAUCAAUGGCUACCGAGAUGGAGGACAGCCAGGACAUGUCAGAAGUCAUGGGUGCUGUCUUAGGGGGGAAGCCCAGUGUACCUCAAGAGUCCAUUGACCUGGAGAGUAUUGUACCAAACCUCUUCAGUGAGUGAAGUGGUUGAUGGCAUAAAAUACAGAGUACAUUUGUAGGUACUGCAGAUGCAGUCCUAUAAUUACGGUCAGAUGACAAUGGAGUUGAUGAACACAUAAAAGUAACUGUUCCUUGAUCAAUGUGUUUAUUAGGCAAUACGCAGCUGAGUACCAGUGACACAUUUUGGCUGGUCCCCUACUUUGCCUGAACCAACUUUUUCCAUGCUCAGUAAACUGACAGCUUUGAUAGAACAACCAUGAGAUUGGCAAUACCUCAGCUCAUUGUGCAAGGUGUUGCUUCUUGCUGCUUAAAAUAGCAUUCAUAAAUACCUCAGGCAGUCUCCGUAUUCAACAACGUCCAACUUGAUGGUGUAUGAACAUUUGAUAAUGCCUGCUGAGAAGUGAUAAUGCUUGCUGCGUAAAUCACGUGCUGGCACCUUGAUACGAAACAGUUCAUUUGAUUCUUAUUAAUCAUGAGUCUGGGUGCACAUGGUUCGCCACGUGAGUGCAAGUGGACAAUUUGCACAAGGAGUAUGCCACAAAAUGGACAGUGAUGUUGGGGAAAUAAAAGUAAAAUUCUAGAACAAAAUCGCUGGAAAUCCAUGUAUUGAUUUCUUUUGACUCCAACAAAAAGGUAUUUAUGAAUGGGCAUAAUUACAUGCAGGGCAGGUCUUAAACUAAUGUUUUUAAGACCGGCUCAGGAAACUGAAAGCUGAUAAUGCCCUCUCCUGCGGCUAAGGCAUUAGUCGCAUCCAUUCUCCUGAGCUGGUCUCAAACACACGUUUAAGACCAGCCAAGCACAUAUUUAUUCCCCUAAUCAUUGUGCAGCAUCUUGCGGCACAAAUUUUGACUGGUACUUUAUUUCUGUACACUGUACAUGUAUAUGGUAAUCUCUGUUUAGUUCUUAGAAGUCUGUGCAUGCCUUUUUGUCAAGUGUUAUUCCUUUAUUUUCAAAUAUUGGUAUGAGAUGGUAUAUUUGAACAGAAAAACACCAAAUAGGGUUUAAGUUCUGGUUUUUAAAACAUGUUUCAACUGCUGAGUUUUUUUAAUAGAAUUUUUGUAUGCAACGCCUCCCAUGUCCGAUGUUUUAACACAGUUUUCUAACUCAGUUUUCAGCCAGCAAGUAUUUAACCUGACCAGAUCAUGAAGUGUACGUGUGUAACGAAGGAAACAAAAUGGUAGAGAUCACAUUUCUACUAGUUAUUCAGCAUUACAGUUGAAGUGGCUAUCUAUAAGUUCACCCUUAGGAAAACUCACACUGUUAGUGCUGCAAAACCUUGUUCAAAGAAAAAGGGAAUGCACAUUCAGCUACAUGUACACUGUUUUAUAACACUUGUAUAAUAAGAAACUAUUUUUGGUGUGAACUGCCAUAAUUAGUUGUUCCAGUUGUUAGAUAAAAGUAAUUUUUAAGUUCUGUGGAUGGAAAUCAUCAAGGGUAUUUAAAAAAAAUGGAGCAUGCUGAAAUGUAGUCCCCAAGAUGUCUGCUUUUCAUUUCUUUUGCACUUGGUUAAUUUAUAACUUUUAAUUUUCACAAGUUGUUCAUCUUUUAUUCCAGUUGUGAUAGACACUGAUACUAAAAUGUAGGAGAAUUCGAGUUUAAUGUUCAAACAUUAACAAAGUCAUAGCAUCAAUUAUUUUGAACAAAGUCAGAAAGGUUGCGAAAUCAAUCACACCCAUAUAACAGGAAUCUUUUCCCGUAUUUAGUUCAAUUAGUACGUUAGUAUUUUUAUAUCA